UGUCAACAACAAGCACCCCUCGAAUCAUGGUCUAGACAGUACACACGACUGCUCAAGACGCCCACCAUGUCGUCGACAAGCGCAUCACAACCAUCUCCAUCCGGAAAACCGCACUCGGACAAGGCGCAACAGAUCGACCCAAUAUUGCGCAAUGCGCUGCGCUACACGAUCAGCGCAAAGGAGUACCAGCUCCUGCACCAAUACCUCCUUUCGCGCGCACCGGCCGUGAAGAAGCGCACGCCGACCCCGAAGAAAUAUGAUGCAAUUGUAAAAGGACCGGAUGACUAUAAUGUUGCUGCUAUCCGCGCUUCGUUGAGAUUAGGCGUAUUGACCUUCUCUGGGUUAAAGGCAUGGGAGUUGAUUAGUACGAAGCUGUUAUCGCGAGGAGAGGUCAAGAGACGCCAACCCCAACUACCCCUCUGGAAGUCUACAAACGUCCGCUUGAGUAGUUCACUCGCCCUCAUCCUCCUCUUCCAUCGCCUGCUGCGGCGCUUCUUCGUCCGAAUCCGCGAAUCCCUCCUUAGCAAUGAAGCAAAAUCAUUUCGGCGGCGCAACCCACGUAUAUCACGGUCCUUGACAUCCAAGUUGGCACCAGCCAUCGGAUCGAGCUUAGCAGGUUUCUUCCUCGCCGUGUAUCCUGGAGACCAGCUGCGCAUCACGAUAGCAAUAUACAUAUUCACACGAGCUCUAGAGUUUUGCUACAACUACUUGGAAGAGCUGGGGUACUUCAGGAACAGACCAUAUUGGUUUGGAAGCUGGAUGCUUAUGCCUUUAACUUGUGGACAAUUGCUACAUGCUUUUGUGUUCGACCGGGACUGCUUCCCCCCAGGAUUAGCAAGCUAUAUCAUGGGCAAUUCUCCCGAGUACCUUCAAAAACGACCAGCCGAUUACCCAAAGAAUCUACGCUGGCCAGACACAUACGACAUCGUCGACAGCCUAGCAGAGAUAUCGAAGCAGCGCUGGCCCCCAUUCGUUUCCCCGAUCUUGUUCCCACAACACGAAACACUUCCAAAGGGCCUUAGUUCCAUCUCCUCAAUUACCUCGCCUGCGCACCCAGCCAUCAAGUCUCUCUCCUGCGCCUUAUUACACCCACAAGAUCCUUCAUGUCUACGCACAUAUGUACAAUACUGGAUCCAGGCCUUUCCCAAACUAGCCCGCCUAUUCACCAUAAUUUUCGCCGCCAUGAGCGUCACGCGCUACAAAGCAUUUCUAGACUCACCCGUCGCGGCACUCAACAAUCUCGCAAAACGCAUACUCCGCAUGUCUCUCUUCAUCUCUGGCGCCAUUGGCACGAGCUGGGGUUCUAUAUGUCUCUUCACGAACAUCUUUCCCCGCACCUUCCUGCCAACCCAAAGAUGGUUCUUAGGCGGUUUUCUUGGGGGAAUGUGGGCGUUCCUCGAAAGGAAGGGUGGGAGGGGCAAUUUCUUAUAUUCGGCACGCAUGUCGCUUGACUCGCUUUGGAAAGUGGGUGUUAAGAGAGGCUGGUGGAGGGGCAUCAAGAAUGGCGAUGUGCUACUAUUCGUGCUGAGCCUGGCUACUGUCAAUGUUUUAUACGAGGUUUCUCCGCGCUCUGUGAGCAGUGGUGUGGCGCGGAAGGGGUUGGGGGUUUUGAGAGGCGAAGGAUGGGUCGAUCGGGCAGAUCUUCCGCGAGAGGGCAAAGUCAAAAGCAGCGAUGACGAAGAGUAAGAUUGUGCGCUUGUUGGAGUGGUUUUGCGCACGCUGUCUUGGUAUUCAUGAGUUACGAAGAGUAUGCGUUGAUUAUAUCGCUAAUUGUAAUGCUUGUACAUAAUUAAUUCUUUUUCAAUGCCCAUCGACUUUAAUG